UUAUUUUAAAAUGAAGUCUGUUGCGUUUAUGAUUAUUGUGGUUAAUUUUAUGUUUAUUAAUAAUUCGAACUGUAAAAUAAUGGAUAUUUACGAUAUUGAAAAUAAUGCAAUUGAGAGCAUGGACAUAGACAUGAAAAUGCCCUUUGGCUUUAAAAUUUUAAUGCGCUCGCCGGACCUAACAGACAUGAUAAAAAUGACGGAAAAGAGCGGAUGCCCUGUAAACUCUGAUUGCCAAUUUUGUCAAAUGACAAAUACCACUAAUAAAAAAUGGAUUUCAGCUGUAAGAGAUAACCAAGACUUAUAUUUUAUCGCCAAUAGAAAUGUGUGUGUUUCUGCGUGCCCCUCCAACCAAAUGGAUACAGAGUGUAAGGCUAUCACUGGACAACGUGGAGAAUGCGUACCUAGAUUUAGAAAAUUAAUGCUGUUAUCAUAUACGAAAGAAAUGAAUAAACUAAUUGUGAAAAGCUUUCAUUUACCACAUGGAUGCACUUGUCUUGUUCAUUAAAAUAAAAAUAAAAUGGCUUUUGGUUCAUAACCUUGUAAUUGAC